AGAGACGGAGGCGCGUUUCCCAGAAUUCAUCUGUCGUGCUAAACCUGCUGAGAGCAAACUAGCAUCUUCAUCGAACUACAGAAAAACAUCGUUCGGUGCGAUAAAACCUUACUCAAGGCAGAUCAGAGCAGUCGAAAGAUGAGCGGAGGAACGCCUUACAUCGGCAGCAAGAUCAGUUUGAUCUCAAAGGCCGAGAUCCGAUAUGAAGGAGUCUUAUACACGAUCGACACCGAGAACAGCACUGUAGCUCUGGCUAAAGUGAAGUCCUUUGGCACUGAGGACCGUCCCACGGACAGACCGAUCCCUCCUCGAGAGGAUGUCUUUGAGUACAUCAUAUUCAGAGGAAGUGACAUCAAAGACCUGACGGUGUGCGAGCCGCCCAAACCCACCUGCAACCUUCCUCAGGAUCCCGCCAUCGUGCAAUCCUCUUUGGCAUCCAGCGCCGGCCCCACGGCUCCUUCCUUCGAGUCGUACGCCCCGUUCAGUCGGGUCCCGUACAGCCAGUUCAGCUCCAGUCCGAUGGUCCCCCAGCCGUUCGGAGCGGUGGUCACGACUGGAAGCAGCUCAGGUCCUGCGUUCGGUAGCGAGGCGAGCUCUAACGCCCCUCUGUCCCUGAACUCUCGCUCGCUGAGUGCAGCCAAACCCGAAGGUCGUUCCAGCCCGUCUCUGGAGCCCUCGAGGAAGACCCCGACCCUGGAGCAUGGGGUCCAGACGGCCCCGGUCGCCCCCCCCAAGGCUGCAACCAGUACAGUGAGUCAGAGGAACCCUGGAGUGACCCGACCCGCUCUCAACACCCAGAAAUCUGCUGAAAACCAGGAACAGAAAGCUAAAGCGUCUGAUGUUCAGAAGGUUCCUCGGCCAGAAUCAGACUCAAACAGGGCUGAUAAUAAAGACCCCAACAAACGGCAUUCUGGUGGCGGUGCUCUUCCAGUGAGAAAGGGGCGGGGCAGUGGUGGAGGAGGCGGCGGUCAGCGUGGGCGGGGCAGGUUUAACGGGCGCAGAGAUGGACCAAUGAAAUUUGAGAACGACUUUGACUUUGAGAGUGCCAACGCCCAGUUCAACAAGGAGGAGAUCGACCGCGAGUUCCAAAACAAACUCAAGAUUAAAGAUGAGAAGAGUGAGAAAUCAGAGAAGACUCUGAACGGGGAGGAGAAGACAGAUUCAGGCGUGGAGACCCAGAACAGUGAAGGCAACGCUGAUGAGGAGGAUCCUCUGGGACCCAACUGUUACUACGACAAAUCCAAGUCCUUCUUCGACAACAUCUCGUGUGACGACUCCAGAAAGGAGAAAUCAGGAGGUGCUUUUGGAAGGGAGCGGAGGCAGACCUGGGCGGAGGAGAGGAGGAUGAACUCUGAGACGUUCGGGAUUCCUCUGCGUCACAAUCGAGGACGUGGGGGUUUCCGGGGCAGAGGCGGCGGCAUGGGCUUCCGCGGCGGCCGCGGGCGAGCGGCUAGCAGGGGUUCGUUCAUGCCCUCCCGUGGCGGGGGAUUCAGGGGCGGCUUUAGAGGCGGCAGAGGAGGGCGAGAGUUCUCUGACUUUGAGUACAGGAAGGAGAAUAAAGUGGCGGCAUAGUUUAACCUGAACACCAGAUCGUCCCAGCAGCCAAGAAUCUCCGAUCAUCACGUCUAGAUUAACGCUUUGGUUUCGACUCCUGACUUACAGGAACUGCCUCUCUCUGUCUAACACCAGCUGGACACAGUUUAUUUUCUCCUUCCUUCCUUUUUUUAGAAAAAGAGAUAAAAACAUUGCUGUUUUUUGGAACCGUGUGACCUGCAUUCAGAGGAAGAAUCUGUGUACAAGAUACCAUCCGUGGAAAGAUGAUGACUAUUAUUAUUAUUAUUUGGUAUUAUUUCAUCAACCAUUAGUUCCUUUCGUAAUAAACAGAGGAAGGUAUUUGAUAAUAUUCGGUUCCCCGCUGAUACUGUGAGUGCUCCUCAGUCAAUAGCUUUAUUAAUGCCAUGUUUUUUGGAUCUGUUGUCUAAUAUCUAAGACCCAGUUUAGAGGCUGCCACCUAAACUACACAAACACCCGCUGCUUUCACUUCAUUUAAUACUUUCACAUGGUUUGUAGUACAAGUACUUGUGUUUUUUUUUUAGUUCAUUAGUUUUUCUCGGCCCCAAAAUAUCAGUUUUUGUGGAUAAUGUCUUGCAGAAACACCCUGGUUCAUGAUCAAAUGUAUUGAUGAAUUCAACUCUUGUUUUUGUCCUGAAGUCUUCUCUCUCCUCAAAACGUAUUUGAGUUGUUGCCUUUUGAUGUCAGUUUAUCUAAGAGGGCUUUUUGGUAUAAACUCGACACGAUCCCCAUCACUGUUUAACGCCAAGAUCUUCUGGAAAGAUCCUGAAACCCUUUAAGAACCAGAUUGGACGUGUGGAAAUUGUGUUCAUGUGCACUUUAAAGACAAACGACUUUGAUGUGGAGGCGAAAUUUGAUGUGAUUUCAAAAUGCUCAUACACCAGAAAUUGACUGGCUGUGUUGAAAUGUAUUAGUUUUUUUUUCUUUUUGACGAUUUCCAGUAUUUAAGUAUAGAUCCAGAAGACCAGAGCUCUUAAGACGUCACGUUUGAUGCUCAGUCUAAACAGGAGGCGAGUCUCCCCUGAAUUAAGUGUCUUUAAUGAGUCUUUUGUGAAUAGUUCUGUUUCCUGUUUGAUCCUCUUGUGUGUUAAUGUGAUGUUUCAGAUACCAGCGGUCUAUCGCUCUGUUAGCAGAUCCCGCUUUCCUCUUCUACUGUCAAGUUAAACAGGAGUUUAUUCUUUUUUUGGUGUGCAUCAUAUUAUUAAUUUAAGUUUCAAAGAUCCAAAAAUGCAUAACAUUUGGAGGAGAAGUGCUCCCUUUCAGCUGGUUCUGCAUUAUUUUUUUUCAGAGUUCGUCUCGUCUUCUAUUCAUAGUUUUCAACUCUACUUUUAUGAGCUCAAUCACUCCCUUUAAAAAGCACUACGAAUUACAAGACGCAGGCAGCUAGUGAAACGCAGUCUGAACGAUGACUCGGAUCAGGGCAUGAUGGGUAACCUCCGAGCAGAUAUUGGUGCUGACUGGAGUGAGUUGUGAAGUGAAUCCAGAGUUAAACAGGACUGAAGUGCAGUGUGUCGAGAGCUCUGGAGGAAUUUGAUUGACAGGUUUAUGAUUUGGUUUUGUUUUCUGAAUGGGAGCAGUUGUACAGGGUGUGCUCUUAGAGGGCUUCAAACGGGGCUAACUGAGGUUUUUAUUCAAGAAGAGAAAUAAAUAGUUGUUCGGUA